UAUACAUGUACCGUCGAAUGAAAUCCCGGGUUCGUUUCACAUUUGAGCGGUCUUGCAGCUGUCAUAUUUCGAUACGCUGCGAAGAAUUGUUCAAAAUACGAAAACUGUCUACCUUACAGCGUUGAAUUUGUUAAUAGAGUGCUUAAUAGCGGUGUAAUCGAAAGAGAACAACUAAGAACUGGUUGUUUGUUUGGUAAAAGAUGCCGCCCAAGAGUAAGAAUAAGGAAUAUUUAAUAAUAUUAGUCAACAUUGGGUGCACUGACGAAACGGAAAAUGAAAAUGAGACAAGUUUCUUUGAAAAAUCAAAACAGGUGAUACAACUGUUAAUUAAAAAAAAAAUUUUUUUGCGUCCUAAAGAUGAAGUGGGUAUUGUACUAAUGGGUGCAUCUGAAACAAAGAAUAAAUUAUUAUUUGACAACAUUGUGGAAAUGAAUUCCUUACAAGUACCUAAUUGGAAUUUAGUUGAAAAUGUCAUAAAUUUGAAAUGUACUAAAGAAAAGACUAAUUGGGUAGAUGGUAUCACAGUCGCACUUGAUUACAUAAAAAGAGAAUGUGUGGAAGCGAAUGCAGCACGAAAAUUGGUUUUAUUGACUGAUUUUAAAGAAGAUCCCACUAUUAUUAGGCAAUACGAUGUCGACAAUGUUGUCAGUAACAUAAAUGAAGCAUACAUUGAUUUAUUAGCAAUAACUAACAACUCGUUGAAUGCAGACUCAGAAAUCGAGUUAAAUCCCAGUGAAGAAGUUUUUGCUAAUGUUUGUAAAAUGGUUGAAGGCAAAAUAUUGACAAUAGACGAUACUCUACCAAAAUUGAUGAUUUAUAAGGAUCAUCCGAAAAAAGCAGCGGCUUGGGAGGUCGACAUGGAUUUAUUCGAUAUUAAGAUUCCAGUAAUUUUUUAUUUGAAAACAACAGAGGAUUUCAAAUUACCUAAAUGGAAAAAAUUCACGGAGUCGCAAACUGCAAAAUUUCCAGUUCAAAAAGAACGUACUUUGGUGGAUAAAAAUAAGGAUGAAAUUGAGGAAGAGAAUACAAUUACUGGCACCAUGUACGGACGAAAAUUCAUACCAUUGUCAGAUGAAGAUAAAGCUAUGUCAAAAUAUCAGAGUGGACCAAAAAGCUUAACGGUUUACGGUUUUACAAAAGAACGCCGUGUCAGACUCGAUUAUUUGGCAGGCAAAGGCUCACACAUUGUUGUGCCUAAACUACAGUGGGCCAGUCCAUUUUACUCAUUGGUAAAGGCAAUGAUGGACCGUGAAACAGUUGCUAUUGUCAGAAGGGUAUAUAGAAAAAAUUUAGCACCGAAAAUGGGUGUGCUGAUUCCAAAAAUUGAUGUCCCGGGGCAACUUUGGUGUCUGGUAUACAUUGAAUUAAUUUUUGCUGAAGAUCGAAGGAUAUUACAACCAAAACCUAUAACGUCUACUCUGAAUGAAUUAUCGGAUGCACAAAAAGAAGCUGUGGAUGAUCUUAUUGAUUCAAUGAUGCUGGCGACAGUAGAAAACAAUUCCAUGGAUGAGAGGCAAGAACCGUUUGAAGCAGGCACUGUCAAUCAUGUCUCGAGGCAGUAUAUAUGGGAUGUGUUGGCCCAUAGAGCAUUGUAUCCAGACGAUCCUUUACCACCUAUGUCAGAUUUUUUGCAAAAAUUUUUUGAACCGCCUCAGUCUGUACAGUUGAGAUCAAAACGACCAUUAAAGGAUAUCAAAACACUUUUCCCAAUAAAAGCUGUUGAGAAAAAAAAAAAUUUCAAAAAAAGAUAUGAAGGAGGGCCAGAUGAUCUGAGAGAACCCUUCGAGAGUGUUGAUCGUAGUACCCAAGAUUUGAAUGCAACGACAACAGAAAAAAGUGUCGAUAGAAUUGCAGAGGACUCAGAGAUGGAAGAAGCACAGUUGUCUCUAAUUGCGGAAGCUGUUGAAGCAGCCUCCCAAUCAAUGGAUGUAGACUUAGAGGAACUGGCUAAAAGCAUGUAGAACAUGAUACAAUGCUCGACUGGCUCAAGGUCUUAAUCAACAAUCUUCCAUUACUUCGCUAUCCAAAGGUACUUACUUGAUAACUCGUAUAAAUAUGUAAGGAUGAAAUAUUUUUAAAUAAAAUUUUGUGAUAUUUA